AUGCAAGCAAGAAUAAAGAACAUGGCUUGGCCAUCCGCAAUCCCGGAUGAUGAAUGGGAGGAGGUAGCAGCUGGAAUUCCUAGCAAGUCCGAGCCAUUUAUUGCUAAGUUUGUCUCCGGCCGUGAAGCCCUUAUUAGGGAAGAGAAGAAACAACGAAGUGAUUACGCCUUUCGUCAAUCCCUCUCUCCUCUUGGCAAACACGCCGACCGCAUCGUUUCUAGGAUUCGCGCUCAUGAGGCCUCCACAAUAUGGAACUCUGGGCUCGAAGAUAUCCUCGCACAGAAGAUUGGUGGUAAUAUAUAUCCUGGCAUGAUGUUUUCCUUAGCCAAAGAGAGAAUGGAACAGACGCAGCUGUGGAAGAUCAUAAGGAAGAUGCCAAAAGGUGCACUACUGCAUGCGCAUAUGGAUGCGAUGGUCGACUUUGACUAUCUGUUUGGUGUCUUGUUGAAGACGAAGGGGAUGCAUAUUUAUUCUGAGAAAAGUCUAGAUACAGAGGAGGCGAGGGAGGGAGGCCCGGUUAAGUUCCGAUUCCAGAAGGUUGAGAGAGUCGAGGAGAAGUCGAUCUGGAGUUCUGAGUAUGUACCUGAUACUCCUAUUCUUCUCACCCAGGCGGCAGAUGCAUUUCCGAACGGUGGAAGAGCUGGCUUUAUUGCUUGGCUAAAGAGCCGCACUACAAUUACGAAUACUGAGUCUAUCGAGCAUCAUCAUGGUGUCGAUGCUGUAUGGAGAAAGUUCUCUUCAUGCUUUAGCAUUCUGAACAACAUUAUUUUCUAUGAGCCAAUUUUCAGACUCUUCAUGAGAAAGAUGAUGAAGCAGCUGAUAGAAGAUGGAGUUAAGUGGAUCGAUCUUAGACUUGCGUUCACAUUUCGAUAUUACAAGGAGGGACAUGAUGUUCCCGAAGAUACCUUCCAUGAAAUGUUCCGAGUCUUCGGAGAAGAAAUCGAAAAUUUCAAGAAGACUGAUGAAGGAAAGGGCUUUUGGGGUUGCCGCAUGAUUUGGACGGGGUUGAGGAUUCUCGAUACCAGAAAAAUGGUUGAGGAUAUGGAUGCUUGUAUCGCAAUCAAAAUAGCUUAUCCUCACCUCAUUUCUGGCUUUGACUUGGUGGGUCAAGAAGAUGCUGGACGACCAUUGAAGGAUGUCUUGCCUGAGCUCUUUUGGUUCAAAAAGCAGUGUGCUCAAGAAGGGGUCGACAUUCCCUUCUUCUUUCACGCUGGUGAGACCCUUGGAGAUGGUAGUGAUACCGAUGAGAACCUAUUCGACGCUGUCUUACUCGGCACUCGAAGAAUCGGUCACGGAUUCUCUCUGUACAAGCAUCCUCUUCUAGUUGACAUGGUCAAAGAAAAGAAGAUACUCGUUGAAAGUUGCCCAAUUUCUAACGAAGUCUUACGUCUAUGCGCCUCAAUUGUAUCUCAUCCUCUGCCAGCACUGCUAGCUCGUGGAGUUCCAUGUUCUUUGUGUAACGACGAUCCUGCGAUCCUCGGACAAGAUACAGCGGGCAUGACUCACGACUUCUGGCAAGCCCUUCAAGGCUGGGAGAAUCUUGGUUUGGCCGGUCUUGGUUCGCUUGCGGAGAACAGUGUUCGAUGGGCUGCAUUUGAGGAUCAGAGUAACGCAGACUGGGUUCAAGGUAUCAAGGAUGCCACGUUAGGUUCCGGUGUAAGAGCUCAGAGGAUGAAGGAGUGGUCUGUGGAAUGGGAGCAGUUCUGCCUUUGGAUUGUGUCCGAGUUUGGGACCGAUGCUGAUGAGGUGGACGAGCAAAAGUAG